CGGGACCGGCUUUGUAGAGUCAUCGAGCUCUAACAGGAUUCCCACAUGCCUGUGGUGGUCUAGCUUCCUGUUCAAUGACAUUCUGCCUUAUCCGUCUCCGAGGAACAAGAAGUGGGCCUGGAGUACAAUGGACCCUCAUCCUCAUUUUCAGCCUAAACGUCCUGGCUCGGAGCUGCAUGGAUUCAGUUCAGACCAUUGGCGUUGGGGACUAUGGGCAAGUAGCUUUCUGAGAGCUCUUUGACCUGUGUCUGUAAAGUUAUAGGUAGCUCGUACGCUGGUAACUCACUCCCAGCUCGACGAUCAAUCCAGAUCUACCAAUAUGUCCUACCCACAGCAGAAUAGUGGCCAUGAACGUUUUUCCUACGCCAUGUAUAACAACACGUUGGGUAUACACGAAGUUGUGCAUCCCCACCAAAUAAGCAAACAUCCGUCGUUUAUUAAUAUGCCCAUCUCUUCAGCAUCGAAUCCCGCCAUCCAGUAUUCUGGUAGUACCUCUCACAGCGCAGGGAAUUUUGUCCCAAUGAACAUUCCGCAGUAUAACAAAGACGGCUCUUCGACUGUUAUGUUCCAGGUGAAUACAGAAAGGAACAGUCUGAGCAUUCCUUUGGAGAAGUGUCUUCAGCCCAACGGUGGAGCGCACUUGAAAGACGCCCAAGAAAUUAUGUUCCCGACAGUCGACCGUACUCAGGUCCAGACUUUCAAGCUCGUCAUCGCUUGGCCCGGAUACGACACAGUGGAGUUCCCUAUCGACAUCGGGACGAAUGAAAUGCCCAUCACAAGGGCUGAUCUCGCGCGUCAAAUUGCGUAUCACUUCUUUGGAUUUUUCAUCCAAUGCGAUAACGGUCAUUUAACUCAGAGGUCGGAUGUUCAGUGGAAAGUCGGAGGGCAAGACGGUUGUAAGUUUCAUCAGAUCCGCCUCUCAACAUUCUGGAAUAUCGAAGGGACCUCUUGGGCUGCCUCUGUCAGAGUCCUGGGAAAUGCAUAGUGCCUGCUGUACAUCUUAACUCCUCCCGGCAAAUUCUAUAUACCCUCAUUGCAUCUAGAUACCAUGACAUAUGACCACUAUUUAGUGUAUAUAUAUAUUGUACUCCGAGCACUAUACAUGAGAGCCGAACUGAAACACUUUUACAUGUCACUGCUGACUCUCCUCUCUGAAGGU